GAAAGAUUUAACUGAGAGUUUCCGCAAACGCGUCAUUAAUUAGUGUGUGAACACUCGUGGACGACAAAACACAAGCUGCUUCCUCUCAUCAUCUCUCUCUCUCUACUCUAAAUUCGAAUCUGAACACAAAAAAGUUGUUUUUUUUUUUCUUGAUACACAGAUUCUCAAUUCCCUCCUUUAUUUCCGGGUAUAGCUAAAGUUUCCACCUUUAUCGUUUUUUCUUUUACUUCUCCAUUGGUCUCUCUCUGUUCAUUGAUUUCCUCAAAGAGGUUUCUGCAAAGCUUUGUUUACUUGAGUGGAGGAGGAGGGAGAUGGGUUGUUUCUCGUGUUUUGAUUCGAGUGACGAUGAGAAGCUGAAUCAAGCUGAGGAAUCAUCCAAGGUUCAGAAGAAACAUUCACAGCCGACACUAUCUAAUAACUUGUCUGCACUACCUUCAGGUGGGGAGAAGCUUACUUCAAAGAGCAAUGGAGUCUCAAAAACGGAGCUACUUCUUCCAAGAGAUGGGCUUGGACAAAUUUCUGCUCAUACAUUUGCUUUCCGUGAGCUCGCUGCUGCUACUUUGAACUUUCAUCCUGACACUUUCUUAGGUGAAGGUGGUUUUGGACGUGUCUAUAAAGGAAGGCUUGACAGCACUGGUCAGAUUGUUGCUGUUAAACAGUUGGAUAGGAAUGGUUUACAAGGUAACAGAGAGUUUCUAGUAGAGGUUCUCAUGCUCAGCCUUCUUCAUCAUUCCAACUUAGUCAACCUUAUUGGUUACUGUGCUGAUGGUGAUCAACGCCUCUUGGUCUACGAGUUUAUGUCCUUAGGAUCCUUAGAAGAUCACCUCCACGAUCUUCCACCGGAUAAGGAGGCCUUAGAUUGGAACAUGAGAAUGAAGAUAGCUGCUGGUGCAGCCAAAGGUUUGGAGUUUCUACAUGAUAAGGCAAACCCUCCGGUUAUCUAUAGAGACUUCAAGUCUUCAAACAUUUUACUGGAUGAAGGUUUCCACCCAAAGCUUUCUGACUUUGGACUUGCUAAACUCGGACCAACAGGUGACAAAUCUCAUGUCUCCACUAGAGUCAUGGGCACUUAUGGUUACUGUGCUCCCGAGUAUGCAAUGACCGGACAGUUAACGGUUAAAUCAGAUGUCUAUAGUUUCGGUGUUGUGUUUCUUGAGCUCAUUACUGGUCGGAAAGCAAUAGAUACUGACAUGCCUCAUGGGGAGCAGAAUCUAGUGGCAUGGGCUCGUCCAUUGUUCAAUGAUAGGAGAAAGUUUAUAAAACUUGCUGAUCCAAAGUUAAAAGGGAGGUUUCCAACACGUGCAUUGUACCAAGCAUUAGCUGUGGCUUCAAUGUGCAUCCAAGAGCAGGCGGCUUCACGUCCUCUCAUAGCAGAUGUGGUUACUGCACUCUCGUAUCUUGCGAACCAAGCUUAUGAUCCAAGCAAGAAUGAGAGAGGGGCGAGGUUAAUGACAAGGAACGAUGAAGGAGGUGUCUCUGGAAGUAAGUUUGAUUUAGAAGGUUCUGAGAAAGAAGACUCGCCUAGAGAGACGGCUAGGAUGUUGAACAGAGAUAUCAAUAGGGAACGUGCGGUUGCAGAAGCUAAAAUGUGGGGAGAGAGUUUGAGGGAGAAACGGAGACUGAGUGAGCAAGGAACUUCAGAGAGUAACAGCACCGGUUAAAACCGGUUUGGGGGUUUAAACCCCCUUUUUUUGUUCUUAUAUCUCAAACUCUCAUUUGUUCUGAAACAUAGAAGAAAAAAACACAUUAAAGAAAAAAAUAACAUUGGCAAAAAAAGUUGUUGUACUGAGAUGUUGCAAUGUGGGCAAAUAACAUGUGAUGUUGCAAUGUGGGCAAAAGGUGGGACUUUUUAAAUAAGAAAACUCUUAACUGAGAUGAUGUUCAUGUGAAUUUUUGUAGUCUUUUCU